CUCAAUAUCCUACAAUUAGGGUUAUUUUUACGAAGUAAAACUAUAGGUAGGUAAGGUAGCCAGAUGAAAUACAGGGAUUUCCAGUUAAAUGUGAAUCUUAGAUGAACAACACUGUUACCUGAAACUCAAAUUUAACUGUAUUUUAUCCGUGACCCUGCCUCCUGUAAUGCACAGGACAGCCUCCUUCCCUCUCAACAAAGAAUUAUCCAGGCCCAAAAAGUCAAGAAACCCUGCCAUGCAGCAGUGGUUCUCAAGCCCUAGUUUGUACCACAAUUACCUUCAGGGUUGGUAAGCCCGAUUACUGGGCACACCCUCAGUUUCUGAUUCAGAAGGCCUUGAGUGGGGCCCCAAGAAUUGCAGUUCCAUCAAUUUCCCAGGUGAAGCUGCUGUUAGAUUGGGGCCACAUUUGAGAACCACUACCCUAGAAAGUCCCCAUGCUCUCCUGAUUAGAAGCGAGGAAAGUUUCCAAGGGAGGACGGGGGUGGGAGGAUAAGGGAGAUUGGCGGGAAGAGCCGGCCCGCUGGGGUGGGAGACGUUAUUUCGGCCGUUCUGGCCUCGCAGGCGUUUUCGGGAUCCCUCUAGGCGCCGCGGAGGUCCCGGAGUCUCGAUGGUCGCUCGGGCCGGGGCGUGGCCUGGUUCGGGGGCGUGGCGUGGAAGGCGGGCCAAGGUGCGGCGGGCGCUCUCGUGCCGGACGUUGCGCGGCCGCGACGCCCGACGCCAACGCAGGCGUAGCGCUCCGGUUCGGCGCGGCUCAUGGUCCGGUUCGGGCUCGGGAGGCUCCGUCUGGGCCAGGGCAGGUUCUUAGACUCUGUGAGUAAAGACAGCUUUGUCUUCCCAGUUCAUCAUGGCUUCAACAUCCAGAGAUGUCAUUGCUGGGAGAGGUAUCCACUCAAAGGUGAAGUCUGCAAAGCUGCUCGAGGUUCUGAAUGCUAUGGAGGAGGAAGAGUCCAACAGCAACAGGGAAGAGAUUUUCAUUGCACCUCCCGACAAUGCUGCGGGGGAAUUCACUGAUGAGGACUCAGGUGAUGAAGACGGCCAGCGAGGUGCUCACCUGCCUGGCAGUGUGCUGCAUGCUUCAGUCCUGUGUGAGGACUCUGGCACCGGCGAGGAUAAUGACGACCUGGAGCUGCAGCCGGCCAAGAAGAGGCAGAAAGCAGUUGUGAAACCUCAGCGCAUUUGGACAAAAAGAGAUAUUCGUCCAGACUUUGGCAGUUGGACGGCAUCAGAUCCUCAUAUUGAGGAUCUGAAAAGCCAAGAGCUGAGUCCUGUGGGCCUUUUUGAGUUGUUUUUUGAUGAAGGAACAAUUAAUUUCAUUGUUAAUGAAACCAAUCGUUAUGCUUGGCAGAAAAAUGUCAAUCUGAGUCUUACGGCUCAGGAAUUGAAGUGUGUUUUGGGCAUUUUGAUUUUAAGUGGGUACAUCUCUUACCCAAGGAGAAGGAUGUUCUGGGAAACCUCUCCUGAUUCACAUCAUCAUCUUGUGGCCGAUGCAAUUAGAAGGGACAGAUUCGAACUAAUCUUCUCAUACUUACAUUUUGCAGAUAACAACGAACUUGAUGCAGGUGAUAGGUUUGCCAAGGUCAGACCUCUUAUCAUCCGGAUGAACUGCAAUUUCCAGAAGCACGCACCCUUGGAAGAGUUCUACAGCUUUGGCGAGUCUAUGUGUGAGUACUUUGGGCACCGGGGGUCCAAGCAGCUGCACAGGGGGAAGCCUGUGCGACUUGGCUACAAGAUUUGGUGUGGGACAACCAGCAGAGGCUACUUGGUGUGGUUCGAGCCCUCACAGGGCACACUUUUUACCAAGCCCGACAGGAGCCUGGAUCUAGGAGGCAGUAUGGUAAUAAAGUUUGUGGAUGCGCUUCAGGAGCGUGGUUUUCUGCCAUAUCACAUAUUUUUUGACAAGGUUUUUACAAGUGUUAAACUGAUGUCCAUUUUGAGGAAAAAGGGGGUGAAGGCCACAGGAACUGUUCGUGAGUACAGGACUGAGCGAUGUCCCCUAAAAGACCCCAAAGAACUGAAAAAAAUGAAGAGGGGUUCAUUUGAUUACAAAGUCGAUGAGAGUGAGGAGAUCAUCGUGUGCCGCUGGCACGAUAGCAGCGUGGUCAACAUCUGCUCCAAUGCCGUGGGCAUAGAGCCAGUGAGGCUGACCAGUCGUCACUCUGGAGCAACUAAAACACGGACUCAGGUCCACCAGCCAUCACUGGUGAAGCUGUAUCAGGAGAAGGUGGGCGGUGUUGGUAGGAUGGACCAGAAUAUUGCCAAGUACAAGGUGAAGAUCCGAGGCAUGAAGUGGUACUCAAGCUUUAUUGGCUAUGUCAUUGAUGCUGCCCUCAACAAUGCAUGGCAGCUGCACAGGAUCUGCUGCCAGGAUGCCCAGGUGGACCUCCUUGCCUUCCGGAGAUACGUCGCCUGUGUGUACCUGGAGAGCAAUGCUGACACGACCUCUCAAGGAAGGCGAAGCAGGCGGUUGGAGACUGAGAGCCGCUUUGAUAUGGUUGGACACUGGAUUAUCCACCAGGACAAGAGGACCCGAUGUGCCCUCUGCCACUCACAGACCAACACCCGGUGCGAGAAGUGCCAGAAGGGUGUCCAUGCCAAGUGCUUCAGGGAGUACCACAUCCGGUGACAUCAGGAGACAUACUUUUUUGGGGUAUAAUGAGAUGUUCACAGUUAAAUACAGAUAGCAGUUGAUUACUUCUGUUUUGUGUUGGAAAAAAGACCUGAAUUUCUGAUGACUUGGUUUUCUCUUUUCUCCCUACCCACAAUUGUUAUCUUUUUUAUUGUGUUCUAUUAUGCCUACAUGUGAUAUCAAUUAAUAUUUAUAUUCAUUUA